AAACUGUGCCAUAACCUCUAGCUCGCAUGAAGAGACUCUAGACGGCCCACAAAUAUUUCUCCUGUAUUCUGUUGGAGACUGAAAAUUAGGGAGUGAUCCGGUCCCAGUUAAGUUCCUCUCUCCCUGUGAGUGGUGACCAGUCCCCCCAGCCCCCACCACCAUGAGUCCACGAACGUGUAAGAACUGUGGUGGGACAGACAUUGAUGUGGACCAGGCUCGUGGAGAUGCUGUCUGCAUGGGCUGUGGCUCUGUCCUGGAGGACAACAUCAUCGUCUCUGAGGUCACCUUUGUGGAGAACAGUGGAGGAGGUUCUUCAGCUGUUGGUCAGUUUGUGGCCGGAGAUGCUGCUGGAAAUGUGCCCUGUCUGGGCGGGAAUCUGUACUCUGGGAUGGGGAAGGAGUCCCGGGCGAUCACGCUGCAGAAUGCCAAACGUCAGAUAAACCACCUUGGACAUCAGCUCCAGCUGAACCAGCACUGUUUAGACACAGCCUAUAACUUCUACAAAAUGGCCCUCUGCAAACACCUGACCCGGGGUCGUAAGGUCACGCAUGUCGUGGCUGCUUGCCUGUACCUGGUCUGCAGGACUGAGGGCACACCUCACAUGCUGCUGGAUCUGAGCGACCUUCUGCAGGUCAAUGUAUACGUGUUGGGUCGAACCUUCCUGGUCUUAGCCAGAGAGCUUUGCAUCAAUGCUCCAGCAAUAGAUCCCUGCCUGUAUAUUCCACGCUUUGCUCAGCUGCUGGAAUUUGGAGAGAAGAACCAUGAGGUUUCCAUGACUGCGCUGAGGCUGCUGCAGAGAAUGAAAAGGGACUGGAUGCACACAGGACGCCGACCCUCUGGGCUCUGUGGUGCAGCUCUGCUGGUUGCUGCUCGCAUGCACGAGUUUCGGCGGACGGUGAAGGAGGUGAUCAGUGUCGUGAAGGUGUGUGAGGCAACGCUGAGGAAGAGGUUGAUGGAGUUUGAAGACACUCCCACUAGUCACUUGACCAUUGAGGAGUUUAUGAAGGUGGACCUAGAGAAGGAGUGUGACCCGCCCUCUUUCACAGCAGGCAAGAGGAAACUCAAACUGAAAGAGAUUGAAGAAGCACUGGCCAAGAAAAUAGAUGAAGUUCAAGGUGAAAUCUGCGGCUAUCAGGAUGAAAUUGAGAUGGAAUUGGAAAACUGCCGACCCAAACCCAGGGGCAUGUACGCUUCAUAUGGAAAAAAACAUGAUUCUCUGGGUGAUAACAUCUCAGUGGUAUCUGUGGAAGAAGAGGAAGAGCGGAGAGAGGAUGAGGAGCUGAGGGCUGCAGCAUGUCACUUAAGCCGAGAGCUGUGCACUGAAGCACAGGAGGAUGAGGAGGAGAGAACCGAGGAAGAGUGUUUCACAGGCAGACGUCCGUCCUUGGCCUCGCUGCUGGGCCCCCUGCCCGUGGCUGCAAGCCUGGGCCUGUCUGAAUCUUUGGACCAGUGCAUCAGAGACGAGCAGGAGAACGAGAUGACCUCAGAGAAUGGAGAGCUGGACCUGAAUGGUAUAGAUGAUGCUGAGAUUGAAUGGUAUCUCCUGAAUGAAAAAGAGAUCCAGGUGAAGACUGAUCUUUGGAUGAUUCAGAAUGCAGAUUACCUGAAAGAACAGAAAGAAAAAGAGGAGAAGUUGGCUAAAGAGAAGGAGCUGGGUAUUGUGAAGGAGCGUAAGCCAAGGAGGCCACCAAAGAAGCGAGAGCCAAUCAGAGCGAACACUGCAGAUGAGGCCAUUGAGAAGAUGCUGGAGCAAAAACGCAUCUCCACCAAGAUCAACUACGAUGUGCUCCGUCAGCUCAGCAAACCAGUCCCUUACAGUCCUGCACAGUCGGAUGAGGAGCCUCACCACGGGACUGCCUCCAAAAAGGCUGCCACCCGCAACCGCAAGCCCAACCCAGCCUCUCAGAAUCUGGGCAAGGUCACCAGUGACUUUGGCAAGAGGUUACGGCCGCUAGUGUCAGCCCAGGCCACUAAAAGGCUCGCUCUAGAUCAGGUAAAAAAAUCUUUACUGUCCUCAACUAUCAGUUCCCUACCCAGAAUGCGGGUGGUGGUGGAGAGCGGCCCUGUGGACCUAUGAGGACAUGGCAGAGGAAGAGGAAGAGGAGGAAGAGGAAAACUGUGUCAGUGCUAUGCAGUUACUGGGUAGCAAGUGAGUAUGGUUACGGAUGUGAUGAUGAAGAUGACGGGUUCUAGGGAGAUGUUGCGUGUUACCGUGGAGAUGUGAACACCAGCAUCCUGCACUUUACAGCCUUUUUUUCUUUUUAUGACUAUUUUACUCUCUCAAUCAAAGGGAUAGUUUUAUAUGCACAUGUGGAUUCUUAAGACUCAUGUAGAGACCUAGGAGGAGGGUCAGUGCAAGGACAGUACUGCUGAGACGUAAAACCAUAUUUGAAACUUGAAUGAUACGCAGAGUGAAUGGGGUGUUUGUUUUUGUUUUGUUUAUUGGGGUUUUUUUUUGGUAGACUUACUAAUGAGACAGACAGUUGACAAACACCUGUUCUCUGCUUAAAUGCUGAACAACACACUCUGCCAUUCUCAGUCAGCUUCAGUGUAGGAGUAGCACACAGUGUGUGUUCACCUGAUGUCUAACCUACACACUCACUCACACCAUCACAGUCACAACCUGCAAACCAAAUACAAAACAAAGAACCUACGUCUCAUUAAAGCCUAGUUUUAUAUGUAACCAGACAUACCAUAACAGUGUUUCCCAGGUGUGCGAGGCUUUUAUUUAUUUUUUGAUGAAUCUGCUGCAGAUUCUUUUUCAAAUAUGCAAGCAUGCACA